AUGGUGGAGGACGGCGCGGAGGAGCUGGAAGAUUUGGUGCACUUCUCCGUGUCCGAGUUGCCUAGUCGCGGCUACGGCGUCAUGGAGGAGAUCCGGAGGCAGGGCAAGCUGUGCGAUGUGACGCUCAAGAUUGGCGACCACAAAUUCAGCGCUCACCGGAUCGUCUUAGCCGCCUCCAUCCCAUACUUCCACGCAAUGUUUACAAAUGACAUGAUGGAGUGCAAGCAGGAUGAGAUUGUAAUGCAGGGAAUGGACCCCAGCGCCCUGGAGGCUCUGAUCAACUUUGCCUACAACGGCCACCUUGCCAUUGACCAGCAAAAUGUCCAGUCAUUGCUGAUGGGGGCGAGCUUCCUGCAGCUGCAAAGCAUCAAAGAUGCCUGCUGCACGUUCCUCCGAGAACGGCUUCACCCUAAAAACUGCCUGGGAGUGCGCCAGUUCGCGGAGACGAUGAUGUGCGCCGUGCUGUACGACGCAGCCAACAGCUUCGUCCACCAGCACUUCGUGGAGGUGUCCGUGUCGGAGGAGUUCCUGGCCCUGCCGCCAGAGGACGUGCUGGAGCUGGUGUCCCGGGACGAGCUGAACGUCAGGUCCGAGGAGCAGGUCUUUGAAGCCGUGCUGGCCUGGGUCAGGUACGACCGGGAGCAGAGGGGGCCCUGCCUGCCUGAGCUGCUGUCCAAUAUCCGCCUGCCCCUCUGCCGGCCCCAAUUCCUGUCAGACCGAGUGCAGCAGGAUGACCUGGUGCGUUGCUGCCACAAAUGCAGGGACCUGGUAGACGAAGCAAAGGACUAUCAUCUCAUGCCAGAGCGCCGGCCCCACCUGCCAGCUUUCCGGACGCGGCCUCGCUGCUGCACGUCCAUCGCUGGGCUUAUCUACGCUGUGGGAGGCCUCAACUCUGCAGGUGACUCCCUGAAUGUGGUGGAAGUGUUCGACCCGGUCGCCAAUCGCUGGGAGAAGUGCCGGCCCAUGACAACGGCCCGCAGCCGCGUCGGCGUGGCUGUAGUGAACGGGCUUCUCUACGCCAUCGGGGGCUACGAUGGCCAGCUACGGCUGAGCACCGUGGAGGUCUACAACCCAGAGACGGACACCUGGACCAGAGUGGGGAGCAUGAACAGCAAGAGGAGUGCCAUGGGGACGGUCGUGCUGGACGGGCAGAUCUACGUCUGUGGGGGCUACGACGGCAACUCUUCUCUCAACUCUGUGGAGACCUACUCACCUGAGACGGACAAGUGGACGGUGGUGACCCCAAUGAGCUCAAAUCGCAGUGCUGCUGGGGUCACAGUCUUUGAGGGCAGGAUAUACGUGUCGGGCGGCCACGACGGUCUGCAGAUCUUCAACAGCGUGGAGCACUACAACCACCACACGGCCAGCUGGCACCCCGCAGCCGGCAUGCUCAACAAGCGCUGCCGGCACGGAGCCGCCUCUCUGGGGAGCAAGAUGUUUGUCUGCGGGGGCUACGACGGUUCUGGCUUCCUCAGCAUCGCCGAGAUGUACAGCUCUGCGGCGGACCAGUGGUGCCUGAUCGUCCCCAUGCACACGCGCCGCAGUCGCGUCUCCCUGGUGGCCAGCUCUGGGCGCCUGUACGCCGUGGGGGGCUACGAUGGACAGUCGAACCUCAGCUCGGUGGAGAUGUACGACCCAGAGACGGACCGCUGGACAUUUAUGGCCCCCAUGGCGUGCCACGAGGGAGGGGUCGGUGUGGGCUGCAUUCCUCUCCUCACCAUCUAAGGCGGAGGCUGGCAUGUGGUGGGGCAGGGAUCUGGUACAGACACAGGCACUUCCUCCCGGGGGUGGUCCUUCUCGGGGGAGGCGCGGGCCAGAAGACCAGGCGACGUGUGAGCU